AUGGCUUCCCCUUUGUUUCAGCAUUCAGACUGGGGCACGUUGAUGGAGCCUUGUGAUAUUUUGUUUGAACCAUUUUCAAGCAAAGAUAUUUGUUGUGACCCUUUUCAUGACUCUCUUUCCUUUGAUAUGAUUGAGAAGUCAAAGGAUUCAGAGGAAGCAAGUGAAGUGAUUGAAGCUGCGGAAGUGGUGCAAAGUAAGAAGUGUUAUAUUGGGGUAAGGAAAAGACCGUGGGGAAGAUUUGCAGCGGAGAUCAGAGACGCGACGAGGAAGGGUACCAGAGUUUGGCUUGGAACGUUUUCAAAUGCAGAAGAAGCUGCUUUGGCUUAUGAUCAAGCUGCAUUUCUGAUGAGAGGAUCAACUGCACUGCUCAAUUUUCCUGUCAAAAGGGUUAUGGAGUCUUUACAUGACCUCAAUUACUUUGGUUGCAACCAAGGCUGCUCUCCCGCAUUGGAACUCAAAAAGAGGCACAACAUGAGACGAAAAUUAUCGUCAAAGGCUAAGGAAACUAAAACCAAACUGGAAUUCCAAUAAUCGAAUUUUGUGUUGUUCCAGGACUUGGGAGCUCACUAGACACUUCUUGUCAGAUCACAAGCUCUCACAAGCUCUACUUGCUUCAUAAAUAAAUAAAUCAUGAUAUCUUCAACCCUUACCUUAUGAUUUG